CCGGGCCUGCCGGGAAGUGCGGGCGCGUUUUCUCUCGGCUCCGCCACCAGCCGGGGCUCGGGCCCGUGCCCGGGCCCCCGGGACAUGGCCUCCCCAAGUGCUCAGGGCGACGUCCCCACCUCCAGUCACUGGGACGACGGCGCGGAGACGGCAGGCUUUAACGCCAAAAGGAAAAAGAAAGUGGCAAAGAUAUACCAGGCUCUGAACAGCGAUCCCACUGAUGUGGCUGCCCUUAGACGCAUGGCUAUUAGCGAGGGAGGGCUCCUAACUGAUGAGAUGAGACGAAAAGUGUGGCCCAAGCUCCUCAAUGUCAACAUCAAUGACCCACCUCCUAUAUCAGGGAAAAACCUACGACAGAUGAGCAAGGACUACCAACAAGUGCUGCUGGAUGUCAGGCGGUCCUUACGGCGGUUUCCUCCUGGCAUGCCAAAAGAACAGAGAGAAGGGCUCCAGGAAGAACUGAUCGACAUCAUCCUCCUCGUCUUGGAGCGCAACCCUCAGCUGCAUUACUACCAGGGCUACCAUGACAUUGUGGUCACAUUUCUGCUGGUGGUAGGAGAGAGUCUGGCAACAUCCCUGGUAGAAAAAGUAUCUACCCACCACCUCAGGGAUUUCAUGGAUCCAACAAUGGACAACACCAAACAUAUAUUAAACUAUCUAAUGCCCAUCAUUGACCAGGUGAAUCCAGAACUCCAUGACUUCAUGCAGAGUGCUGAGGUUGGGACCAUCUUUGCCCUCAGCUGGCUCAUCACCUGGUUUGGGCACGUCCUAUCUGACUUCAGACACGUGGUGCGGUUAUACGACUUCUUCCUGGCCUGCCACCCCCUGAUGCCCAUUUACUUUGCAGCUGUGAUCGUGUUGUAUCGAGAAGAGGAAGUCCUGGAUUGUGACUGUGACAUGGCCUCGGUUCACCACCUGUUGUCCCAGAUCCCUCAGGACCUGCCCUAUGAGAUGCUGAUCAGUAGAGCCGGAGACCUUUUUGUUCAGUUUCCCCCAUCUAGACUUGCUUGGGAAGCAGCUGCCCAACAGGAAGCCAACAAAACGGCAGCCUCUACCUUCAAAGACUUUGAGCUGGCAUCCACCCAGCAGAGGCCUGACAUGGUACUGCGGCAGCGGUUUCGGGGACUGCGGACUGAGAAUCGGACAAAAGACGUCCUGACCAAACCAAGGACCAACCGCCUUGUGAAACUGGCGGUGAUGGGGCUGACGGUGGCACUUGGAGCAGCCGCUCUGGCUGUGGUGAAAAGUGCCCUGGAGUGGGCCCCUAAGUUCCAGCUGCAGCUGUUCCCCUAAAUGCCAGAGAAGAUUCUCCCUCUGGCAUUAUGUGGAGGUCUCGCCCUUCCAUGGAAGGAUGGGGAGGGGUGGGAUGUCCUUUAUUAAAAGGGUUUCUGUCAA